AUGACCGUUCACCAGACACCUCCGCCGGUCGAAACCGGACCUGACCAGCGUCCCCACGCGGUGGUGAUCGGUGCCGGAUUCGGCGGACUUGCCGCCGCAGUGCGCAUGACCGCGCGCGGCUAUCGCGUCACCGUGAUCGACAAGCUCGACGAUGUCGGCGGGCGCGGAUAUGUCCACCGGCAGGACGGGUUCACCUUCGAUGCCGGGCCGACCAUCAUCACCGCGCCAUUCGUCUUCGAGGCGCUCUGGACGCUGUUGGGCGAGCGCAUGGCAGACCAUGUCACGCUCAAGCCGCUGGAGCCUUAUUACACGAUCCGCUUCGAUGACGGGCGGACCUUCCGCUGCUGGUCCGACGAAGACAAGAUGCGCGAAGAAAUCGCCGCGUUCGAGCCCGAUGACAUUGACGGCUACGAGGAUUUCCUCGUCGAAAGCGAGAAGUGCUACCGGACCGGCUUUCAGAAGAUGAUCGACCAGCCGUUCCAUUCGCUCGCCGAGAUGGUGCGGCAGAUGCCCGGCCUCGUCGCCCGGCGCGCGGAUCGCUCGGUGCACGCUCUUGUGUCGAAAUAUGUCCGAAACGACCAUCUCCGCCAGUCGCUGAGCUUCCAUCCGCUGUUCAUCGGCGGCAAUCCGAUGCGCACAUCGGGCGUCAUGAGCCUGAUCUCGUUUCUCGAGCGCGAGUAUGGCGUGCACUAUUCCCUGGGCGGCACCGGCGCGCUCGCCAGGGGCAUUGCGGAUCUGGCCGAGCGGCACGGCGCGCGUUUCCGGCUUGGCGUGCAGGUCGAUGAGAUCAUCGUGAAAGAGGGGGCGGCAAAGGGCGUCCGUCUUGCUGGCGGCGAGACCGUCGCCGCCGAUUGCGUCGUCUCCAAUGCCGAUGCCGGCUGGACGUACACGCACCUUUUGCGCAACCACAAGCGGAAACGCUGGACCGACCGCAGGGUGCGGCGCAUGAACUAUUCGAUGAGCCUUCUGGUCUGGUAUUUCGGCACCAGCCGCCGCUACGACGAUAUCGGUCACCACACCAUCCUGAUGGGGCCGCGCUAUGGCGGGCUGCUGACCGACAUCUUCGACAGGAAAGUGCUGGCCGACGACUUCUCGCUUUAUCUUUAUCGGCCGUCGGCAUCCGAUCCCUCGGUGGCGCCGGAAGGCUGUGACGCGUUCUACGCGCUGUCGCCAGUGCCCAAUCUCGAUGGCGACACCGAUUGGCAUGCCACGGCCGAGCCCUAUCGCCAACGCAUACAGGAUCACCUCGAACAGACAAUGAUGCCAGGCCUGUCGGACGCGAUCGUCACGACGAAGCUGACGACGCCGCUGGACUUCCGCGACCGGCUCCUGUCGACCAAGGGCGCCGCCUUCGGCAUGGCGCCGACCAUCUUCCAGCUUGCCUGGUUCCGCCCGCACAACGUCUCCGAGGAAGUGCGCGAUCUCUACAUGGUCGGCGCGGGAACCCAUCCCGGCGCGGGCCUUCCCGGUGUCGUCUCGACCCCGCUUCUGAGCGCGCGCGACCGGCGCCUGUGCCACGAAUCGAUUCGCGCCGGCUCGAAGAGCUUUCACGCCGCCUCGCGUCUUUUGCCGCGCGACGUCCGUCUCGGCGCGCGCGCGCUUUACGCCUUUUGCCGCUCGUCGGACGAUCUGAUCGACGAUGCGGGCAAUGACGGGCGCGCAUCGCAGCGCCUCAAAAGACGGCUUGAGCUGAUCUAUGAAGGCUGUCCGAUCGAUCUGGUCUGCGACCGCGCCUUCGCGGCAGUCGUUCAGACCUAUCACAUCCCCAUCGAGGUGCCGCUGGCCCUGAUUGAAGGUUUCGAAUGGGACGAAGCGGGCCGCGAAUACCGCACCUUCGCCGAUGUGAAAGCCUAUGCGGCCCGCGUCGCCUCGACCGUCGGUGUCAUGAUGACGAUGGCGAUGGGCUGCCGCGACCGCGCCGUUCUGGCACGCGCCGCCGAUCUGGGCCUUGCCAUGCAACUGACCAACAUUGCGCGCGAUGUGGGCGAGGAUGCGCGGCGCGGCCGCAUCUACCUGCCGCUCGACUGGCUGGCUGAGCAAGGCGUCGACCCGCGGGCCCUGAUCGAUGCGCCGAGGUUCACGCCACAACUCGGCCGCGUCGUCGCGCGCCUUCUGGGCGAGGCCGAUGCGUUGUACGACCGGGCGCUGACCGGCGUUGCCGGCCUGCCGCUCGACUGCCGGCCGGCGAUCCGCAGUGCGGCCUUCGUCUAUCGCGAAAUCGGUCGGGAAAUCGGUGCGGCGGAAUACAAUUCCAUCGACACACGCGCCCACACCAGCCGCCGCCGCAAGGGCGAACUGAUCGCCGUCGCCACACUGAUGCCGUUCCCCAUGCGACCGCCCGCGAGCGUCCCAGCCGACCCCUCGGCCGCCUUUCUCGUCGACAUUGCCGCUUCGUCCGAUCCGGUCCCGCCGCGCACCAUCGACGCCAAGCUCGGCCGCAUGCUGGAAAUCAUGGGCGACGCCCGCGACCGGCAGCGGCAGGUCCGCCUCGCCGGUGCGCAGCGGGGGUGA